AUGGAGGAUGGGGAUUUGCUAUUAUACGCGGACGCUGAUAGCACCACGAACGGGGAUCUAUCCCCGUUAUACGGCCUUGCAGCUGGUGACGGGGAAAGCUAUGCUUCUGGCGGGAUAGUGGACGGGCUUGUAUCGAGGAUGGCGUUGGUCGAAGGGGAUGACUCAGACGGCGCCGUUAACAAAAUUAUCAAAUGGUCUUUUAUUUCUAUCCCCGCUAACCCUUCCUCCCUCCCCUCCCUUUUCUACCUCAACUUCCCUGCUCACCUGACUGUCAUCCUUCCCCUCCCCACACAUCUUCCCCCUCCCCCGCUCCUACACAACUUUCCCCUUUCCCGCUCCCACACAUCUUUCCCCUCCCCCACUCCGACACCUUCCCCCUCCCCCGCUCCUACACCUUCCCCCUCCCCCGCCCCUACACAUUCCCACUCACCGGCUCCUACACCUUCCCCACCCGCUUCCCCCUCCCCCUCUCCCCUCUUCCUGUCGCACCAAACCUGUCAGGUCGAUGCAGGUUUCUCCGUGUGGCGGCGCGGGCGGCAGUCAAUCCAGUUCGCCGCCCAGUGGCUCGGGUACAUGGAGGACCCGCGCGUGUCAACGGACCUGCCGAACCAGCUGGGUCGGCCGAACCACGCGUGCUUCGUGGACCACCGGCACGACCAAUCCGCGCUGGGGCUACUGGCGAAGCGAUGGGGGCUGCACAUGUGGCCGCAUGACGUUGUGGAGGAGGUUAUUAGCCACCACUGGAACAAGGAGUGA